AUGAAGCAACUAGCUCGUACAGCCGUCUACUUGCCACGCAUUGAUGAGGACAUACGAGAACAAGGCAGACAGUGCCAACCAUGCGUGGAACAUCAAAACAAGCCCGAGAAAUCAGCCAACCAUCCAUGGAUGCUUCCCGAGCGACCUUGGAGCAGAGUACACAUUGAUCAUGCCAUCAAUUUUCUUGGGUCAAACUGGUUGGUGAUGGUAGAUGCAUACUCUAAAUACCCGUGUAUUCAUCCAACAACGUCCGUGUCGACAAAGGCAACGACAGAGCUGCUAGAGGAGGAUUUCGCCCAUUUCGGUUAUCCUCACACAAUUGUAUCAGAUAACGCAACAGCUUUCAAGUCAGCAGAAUUUCGGGAGUGGUGCCAAGAGCGAGGUAUUGUGCAUCUCACAGGAGCACCCUACCACCCAGCAACCAAUGGGGCUGCAGAACGUCUGAUCCAGACAGCUAAACAAUCCAUGAGGAAGUCUUCGAAACCACCUAAAGCUGCCUUGCAAGAAUUUCUGAUGCAGUACAGACGUACGCCGUUGGAGUUGGGAUAUUCACCAAGCGAACUGCUAAAUGGUCGGCAGAUUCGUUGCAAGAUUGAUACUCUUCUUCCGUCACACGCACAUGCAGCUCAGGGUAAACAAGCAAAGCAGGCAACGAAGUCUCAAGAAGCCGAGAAACCAGCCGAAGUUACCCAAAUCCGAGCAACACCAAAGUAUGAAGUGGGUACGAGAUGUUAUGCUUUAUAUUAUGGCCCAAGGCGAGAGAAAGAAGCGCGUUGGGUUCCCGCAAUUGUGGUUAAAGUAUUUGGAACACGCAGCGUUAAUGUUCGAGUGCAGCCUAAAGGUCUCGUAUGGCGCAGACAUGUAGAGCAGCUUCGACCGUGGUACGUAAACCCGGACGAAGAUGCUGAGCCUGCAGAACAGCCCAGAGAAGCAAUUGCCGAGAAAAUAGUGAAUCAGAAUCCAGUGAUGUCCCGUGAGAGAAAGUCCUCUACGGCCGGAAAGAAGGACAAUCCUGUACAUCUAUCUACUACGAACAAUGGUAGAGAUCUGCCCAGACGUUCAGAACGACUGAAGGCUAAGAAACAAUCCGCUCCUUCAUAG